UUUUCAAUUCUUAGUUGGAUGGUCGUCGACACAACAUCCGAAGUUCAAGAACUCGUAAAAUAAUUUCAGUAAGAAAAUCGUUUUUUGUCUUUUCAAGAAGUUAAUCGCGGUAAUGGUAUAUUCUCUGAUGAAUACAUUUAAAAAAAUCGUUUUUAAGUGUGUUACGAGUUUAAUCAGAAUUGUGAUUUGAUUUCAUUUGCAAGUGUGACGUGUAUAAAUACCAUCGGAAUUAAUAUGGACUUCGAUAAAUUGUGAAAAUAAUGUUAAAAGAAUUUGAUGUGAAAUGAUAUAAUCACACAGUGUUUGAUGUGCACUUAAGAUCGUUAAUCCAUAUAUGGGAUGUGUUUUAAGACAAUGAACAGAUAUUAAAAACAUUUGAAUAAGCAAACGGAACGCAUUAUGUUGCUGAUUGAGAGGAGAUAUUAGCAGUCUACGAUGGAAUGAAAAAUUUGCACCUCAACUCUAGAAAGAAUAGUGUAUUUGAAACAAAAAUAAUUUAACAUUUGAACUUUUUUGGCAAUUAAGAAAAUUAUUGAAAAAUGGACACAGUCACGGGAUCACGGAAAUAUUUUCAAAAUAUAGCAGACAACAGUUACUACAGGAAUUCGAUGAAUCGAUCGUUUUUACAGACGAACUACUCAUCUUAUCAAAACACAUUGGGUCGAAACUCGUUGGGACCUUUCACACAAACUUCCUGCUCGGUUCCAUAUCAAAAUGACGCCAGUCUCCACAGUCAAUAUGGCUACAAUUCGUGGGGAAUGUGGAAAGACUCCAGGAAUUUGACUCCAUCAUCGACGUAUUCGUCGAAAAGUAACAGGCGAAGUGUGCGCUCCUUUACAAUACUUUUAAUGACUGCUGUUUUCAUUGUGGUGAUUGCUAUAUUUGGAUUUGCGGCAUUAGCAUUUUAUUUCAGUACAUACAAAGCCGACACGAAUGAUUCAAUGAUGAUGUUUGACGGUAAAUUUCAAGUUCUGAAAGGCGAUACAUUUACCACUGGACUGAAAUAUAAUCAUACAUCAGCUUUUCAACAAAAAGCUGAACUGUACCAAGGUCUCAUUACAAAGAGCUUGGAAAAAAAUGGCAUUGAACCGAUUAGAUGUUCAGUUAUUGGAUUCGGCACCGGACCCCUGAUCAAUGUUAUAUUCAGGAUAAUUGUGGAUAUGCGAAAGAUUCCUUUAACAAUCAAAAGUGUGGAGGAUCAUAUCAGAGAGUCCAUUGCUAACGAGGCCUCUAAUAGGAAAUCAAUUUUCAAUAAUAUUUCUAUCGACAUCGAUUCUAUCAAUAUUCAACGUUUACUCGAUCAUGAGGCGCUUAAGUCAGCUUCAUUUGUCAAUCUCGAGACGACAACACCUCAGUCUGAAAAUUUUGAUAACACUCGGGCCAUGGACAAAGUUUUCACUAAACCAACAGCAACAGUAAAGUCGAGUCCAACCAAAGUUGGUCUAAGCAAUAUGCCGAUUCAGGGUUCUUUCGAAGUAACGAAAACGGAUGCUGACAUAUCACAAAAGAAAUCAUCGCCAACGACUUCGAAAACCUCGACUCUACGCCCAUUCACCAUUUCGAAUACGGGAAUGAGAAUCAAAUCGAAAAAGACAACAAUCGAAAAAGUGAAGAAUCCAACCAUUGCGUCGACAGGAAUAUCACACGUGAACAAGGUGACGAUAGAAAACAACGGUACCGAUACCCGCAAACAAGAUAGUAGGUUGCCCAAAACAUCGACAACAGCCAAACCACCAGUAGAAAAAACCACGACAACAUCAGAAGCGCCGACAACUGCUACUGAGAAAACCACAACAAGUACAACAACUACAACGACCACGGAAUCAUCGUUGCACCAAAAUAAUUUCCAAAGGCGAACCGACAUUGGUAAUCCACCGAAAUUAGAUGCAAAUCUAUUCACAACAGCACCGAUUAUUGAUGAUGAUUCGCCUUGGCUACCGAUCAAUCCGAUCAGCCCGCAAAAUAACUUUGAUACGGUUAUAACGAAAGUCGUAAAUGUUGAGGCCGCGCAAGAUGACAACGGAAAUGGUCCGAUAAAUAUUUUACCGCGAAAUAAAAUUCGAUUUUCCGAACCGUUCGAUGAUUCAUUCAAUCGAGAAAUGCUUUUCCACAGUUUCACAAAUCCGGCAUUCACUUACUUAACGCCGGGAAUCGAAACAUUGGGUUCAGCUAAUUUAAGACCGUAUCCCAUUCCGGUAAAUAAAAUCAUUGACGAACCAGACAGUACAGAGAGUGUAGGACCAUUGCUGGGUCAAAUUUUACCUGAAGAGGCACCGGCCGACAAUAAUAAAAGCAAAGAAAAUCAGCCACCUAGUUCAACUACAGCUAGUCCACGAAGUGCUACAAAUGAAACGAUCACAACUGAAUCAACAAUAUCGCUUGGGGACGUCUUAUCAGAUUUGUUGGAAGAUAAAGUCGACAAUAACCGAAAGGAGUAUCAUCCUACAACAACUACAACAACAGCAGCACCUGAAACAACAACUACCAUCAACUUUAAAAAUAUCAAAGAGUAUGUGUUGUUGGCAGCGAAGAACAACGGAUCCAACAAUGCUAGCCAGGAAUCUCAAGAGAGCCAAUCGUCAAAAGCAAAUGUAACGAAAAAACCAAUAAGCACCUCAACAUUACGAAAUUUUGCUGAAAAUGGAACAAUAUCGACGAAGCCAACAUCUUACGUUGAAGUCGAAACAGUUCAAUACACUCCGGUUUCAGAAUCAUGGAACCAACCAGCGCUUUUCCCUGUUCAAUCGAAAUUUGAAUAUGUGAACGGAACAAUGGUAUCGUCUAUCGACCAUCAAACGAUUCGGCGAAUCUUUAACGAAACACUACAUGCAUGGAUCAUCGAAAAUUCGCAACGGGACAAAAUCAAUGAAAACGAGGAAAUACUUGCGCGUAAGAACAAUUCCAACAUUCAAAACAUAUCCGCAAUAUUCGAUACAUUAGCCUCAGAACUAGGUAUUCAGCCGAAUAUUUCUACCAAAUCACCACCAUUUGAAUUGUCCGGACAAUUUAAACUGAAGGACUCGCUUCAUUCAGGUAAUACCAAGUUCAGCCAGAAAAAAACCGAUGCCAAUAAACAUCACUUAUCAACAACGUCUGCAACCACAACCACAGCUCAAACAACAACCCAUUAUUAUCCAAUAAAGUCGGACGAUACGUAUGGUGAGGCUGAAAUCGAAGAGAUAGAUCCAACGCAAUACGAGCAGAUAUUACUCAAUAACAACCGUGUGACAUCGACUACCGUCCCUUCACUCGUCACUCUGAUGCCAGUGAAAUCGAAUUCUGGAAUACGGCAACGAACACCAAUGAUCGAGAAACUCAAGAUGACGAUCAAGAAUAGUCGGAGAAUUUCUUGAGGUAUCGAAGGUAAAUUUAUUUCCAGUUAGCAUUUACAUGACCCAAUAAGUGUGUGUAUGUAACUAUCGAGUAUCAAUUUAUCAUUUUCGACUGUGACUUUAUACCAAUUGAUUCAAUUUGUUUUGUGUGGAAACAUUUACGGUUUGCCAACUGUUAAUGGUUCCGUUUCUUCAGUAUAAGAAAUUUUUGCAAUAAGUCAGUCUUCCAUCUGGCAUGACAUUAGUAUUUUAAGAACUUUCUUGUAAUAGAUCGAUGCUUUUUUGUGAAAUUUGUGUCUAGUUUUAAGUUAAUUUAUUUGCCUUGUAAUUGCUCUUAUCUGUACACAGAAAAUAUUCGGUUGAUUCUUCAAUUAAUAUAUGACACCGUAAUGUCACUGCUACUUGCAGAUACAUUGUGGAUAAUGGUGCUAAGACUAACUAGUCUUAGCCGUCACGUACUUGCGCCGAAGAAUUGUUUACUUAUUGUUGGAAAGUAAACGAUUUAAGUGAGCCCGAAACUUAGGUGAUAAAAUAAAAUCGCAUCUGUUAUGGACAACUACAACACAUAUGAUGAGCUCUGGCCAGUACUGUCUUUAUAUAUGUGUUUGAUCUGAUGAAGUAAAAGACUCUGUAUCAAAUACCAGAAAUUAUAUUAAGGAACUGAAGUAGCAGAUUUGAUAUGCUUGCUGCUGUAAAAGGUUCUCAUUUGAAGCAAUUUUGUAAGAAAACUACUUGGUCUAUGAUUGCGAAAAAUACUUAAAUACUUUUCGAAAUGGUACACCCAGUGGUUGUCAUGAAAAAUUGCUUCAAACGAGAAUUUAACCUUUUACAAACGGUAAGUGUCUCAAAUCCGCUAUUUCAGUUAAACGCAGAUUUCUGUUGCUGUGACUCAUCACUCGUUUAAUGGAGUUCAUAGCGGCUGUGUAUAUAUGAAACAGUGGAAUCACUCGAACACGACGUGUUCUGUUCGUUUUCCCGUGAUUUCAUGUAGUGGGUACUUGACAAAUAAACUUUUGAUGAACAAAAGUGAAUUUCAGUUUUUGCGACGAAAAGGCAGAGGAUGUACCUUUCAAUUUCUAUUAAAUUUUCCCUCUCGUCACUUUUUUCUGCAAAAUUAACAUAAUGACGCCCUUGUCUCUUACCCGUAGCAGCAAAACCUCUAAAAAUAUUUCAUUUUACAACCAAGUUCUAACAAGAAGACUACAAUUGAGACGAUCGAAAUAAGGUUCGACUGAGGUCAUGGAAAAUAAAUCGAAUCUUUUUGAAGAAAGGACUCAACAAUUGAUGAUUUUUUCCAUGAUCUGUUCCAAGCCCCGGGCUUUGAGUAGGAACAAUUCAAGUAACUUUCACUUUCUAAUGAAAAACGAAGUUUUUACUCAUGUCGUUUCAUUUGUGUUUUCUAAAAUAGGACAGAAAAACGGUUCACGGUGUCUAAACAAAGUGUUGAUAAGAGCAAUGACGACAUUUUUAACGGUGGAAUUGAUAAAUUACGAUUUUCUAUCUCAUUAGAGCAACGAUUUAGUUUUAGUUUAUUUAUGUUCUAGCUAAUAAAUCAUUUUGUACUUACA